AACCAAACCAAAACAUUGGAGCUGUUUUCUUUGUUCUCAUUUUGAACUUUAUUCAAGAAUUUUGUUUUAGAUUUUAUCACCACCAAAAAGUCGAACUUGUUUGCUAAAUGUUGAUAAAUGUUAAAUUUUUUAUAAAAGUCUAAGAAGUUACUAUUUUAAUAACCUAAUGGCUGAUAAGAAGAAAAAACUGGAGACCACAACCACUCCACGGAGGCCUGUUAUUCUAAAAUCUGACCGUGAUGUGUCGAAGGACCAACCAAAAGAGAAAAGUGAAAAAGAAAAACCUACUAUUAUCCUUAAAACUCGUGAACAUAGUGCCCCGAAAGACGACCGGCCAAUGAGUCCUCGAUCUCAAGUUACCGAUGUUGAAGGCCCGCAACCAUCCAAAAUAGCUCAAAAUGAAAAUAAGGAAAGGAAAGACCAGAAGUUUAAAUUAAUGACCGCACCGGUCAAGUUAUUGGAUGAGAAUUUUGAAUUUAACAGUGCUGCCUAUGAAUUUCUCAAUGAUGCCAACAGUAAUUACCUAGUUGUUGGUGUAUUAGGAACUCAAGGUGUUGGUAAAUCAAUGGUACUCAAUCUCAUAGCCGAAAAUGUACAUAAUAAGGAUCUCUGCACAAAAAUACUGAAUUCCCAUGAGGUUGCCAUGGAGUCAACAUUUGAAGCUAACAAUUUGACACCAAUAGAAUCCCAAAUGGAGAACUUAAACUUUGCGGAGGCGUCUGAGAGUAAGGGCCAAGACAAUAGGAAUGAUUUCAAGUUUAAAAUGCAAGAUAUUGAAGAAAUAGAAAGGGGAGUUCAUUGCACUAAAGGUAUAGACAUGUAUGUAACAAACGAUCGUGUGAUCCUGCUGGACUGCCAAGCGCUGUGGUCGCUGUCUCUGAUAGAGGAGAGCAGCACCAACCCAGUGACGGCCCGGAGCGCCAACAUCCUCACUGUGGACUGUCUCCAGAUCGCGUCCUAUUUGAUGGCGGUGUGCCAUGUCUUGAUUGCAGUGCAAGACUGGUUUGCUGAUUAUAAUUUUAUACGCUACAUACAAACCGCAGAGAUGCUAAAGCCAUCCCUAUCCGCAUCGAGCUCAGUGAGCGCCAGCCAAGAGGGCUCAGAGUCCAACGCCAGUGAGAGUCACCCACAUCUGCUGCUCCUACACAAUAGAUGCCAGCUCGAAGACUUUACGCCAGAAGCGGUGCGUAUCUUGCAGGAUUUAUAUCGGAAUGCCUUCCAGAAAUCCAACCUACAGCUAAAUUCUGGGAUGUACAUGUACAGUGACACAAAUAAAAAUGGCCUGAACAUUGACAACGUUUGUAAAGCCUAUAACGUCGAAACUUGUGGAUCGCCUUUGAACCUGUUCCUCUUACCAGAGGUUUAUAGUGACUUUGACAACCGAGACAUUUACCGCGGCCACCCGCCAUUCGAGCAGCUGGCCAACCGCCUGCGGUGGAUGGUGUUAGGCGUGAACCGCCAUCAAAUCACCACUGUACCGAAUUUGUCCGAGAAGGGCUGGUUCCAAUUCUGCAGCAAAGCCUGGGAAACUAUCCGGAAAUGCCCAUUCUUUAUCGAAUAUGAAAGAUUUUUACCUUAGUUCUAAGAAUAUUUAAUGAAAUAGACAUGUAUAUUAAGCAAAACUA